AUGAAGGUCUAUGAUGAAGACAUGGCUUCCCCACCGCCGCGGACCUCUGCAGGACCUCUACAGGACCUCUAUCUGCAGGACCUCUGCAGGACCUCUGCAGGACCUCUGCAGGACCUAUACAGGACCUCUAUCUGCAGGACCUCUGCAGGACCUCUGCAGGACCUCUGCAGGACCUCUACAGGACCUCUACAGGACCUCUACAGGACCUCUACAGGACCUCUGCUACCUCUGCAGGACCUCUGCAGGACCUCUACAGGACCUCUAUCUGCAGGACCUCUGCAGGACCUAUACAGGACCUCUAUCUGCAGGACCUCUGCAGGACCUCUGCAGGACCUCUACAGGACCUCUGCAGGACCUCUACAGGACCUCUGCAGGACCUCUGCAGGACCUCUGCAGGACCUCUACAGGACCUCUACAGGACCUCUGCAGGACCUCUACAGGACCUCUGCAGGACCUCUGCAGGACCUCUACAGGACCUCUACAGGACCUCUACAGGACCUCUACAGGACCUCUGCAGGACAUCUACAGGACCUCUGCAGGACCUCUGCAGGACCUCUGCAGGACCUCUACAGGACCUCUACAGGACCUCUAUCUGCAGGACCUCUGCAGGACUUCUACAGGACCUCUACAGGACCUCUGCAGGACCUCUGCAGGACCUCUACAGGACCUCUGCAGGACCUCUGCAGGACCUAUACAGGACCUCUACAGGACCUCUAUCUGCAGGACCUCUACAGGACCUCUGCAGGACCUCUGCAGGACCUCUGCAGGACCUCUACAGGACCUCUACAGGACCUCUAUCUGCAGGACCUCUGCAGGACUUCUACAGGACCUCUGCAGGACCUCUGCAGGACCUCUGCAGGACCUCUGCAGGACCUCUACAGGACCUCUACAGGACCUCUAUCUGCAGGACCUCUGCAGGACCUCUACAGGACCUCUAUCUGCAGCACCUCUGCAGGACCUCUACAGGACCUCUGCAGGACCUCUGCAGGACCUCUACAGGACCUCUGCAGGACCUCUGCAGGACCUAUACAGGACCUCUACAGGACCUCUACAGGACCUCUACAGGACCUCUAUCUGCAGGACCUCUGGAGGACCUCUACAGGACCUCUGCAGGACCUCUGCAGGACCUCUACAGGACCUCUAUCUGCAGGACCUCUACAGGACCUCUGCAGGACCUCUGCAGGACCUAUACAGGACCUCUAUCUGCAGGACCUCUGCAGGACCUCUGCAGGACCUCUACAGGACCUCUGCAGGACCUCUACAGGACCUCUGCAGGACCUCUACAGGACCUCUACAGGACCUCUACAGGACCUCUGCAGGACCUCUACAGGACCUCUGCAGGACCUCUGCAGGACCUCUACAGGACCUCUAUCUGCAGGACCUCUGCAGGACCUCUGCAGGACCUCUACAGGACCUCUACAGGACCUCUACAGGACCUCUGCAGGACCUCUACAGGACCUCUGCAGGACCUCUGCAGGACCUCUACAGGACCUCUAUCUGCAGGACCUCUGCAGGACCUCUGCAGGACCUCUGCAGGACCUCUACAGGACCUCUACAGGACCUCUGCAGGACCUCUACAGGACCUCUACAGGACCUCUGCAGGACCUCUGCAGGACCUCUACAGGACCUCUGCAGGACCUCUGCAGGACCUAUACAGGACCUCUACAGGACCUCUAUCUGCAGGACCUCUGCAGGACCUCUGCAGGGACCUCUACAGGACCUCUACAGGACCUCUAUCUGCAGGACCUCUGCAGGACCUCUACAGGACCUCUAUCUGCAGGACCUCUGCAGGACCUCUAUAGGACCUCUGCAGGACCUCUGCAGGACCUCUACAGGACCUCUGCAGGACCUCUGCAGGACCUCUACAGGACCUCUGCAGGACCUCUGCAGGACCUAUACAGGACCUCUACAGGACCUCUACAGGACCUCUAUCUGCAGGACCUCUGGAGGACCUCUACAGGACCUCUGCAGGACCUCUGCAGGACCUCUACAGGACCUCUAUCUGCAGGACCUCUGCAGGACCUCUACAGGACCUCUAUCUGCAGGACCUCUGCAGGACCUCUACAGGACCUCUGCAGGACCUCUGCAGGACCUCUACAGGACCUCUACAGGACCUCUACAGGACCUCUGCAGGACCUCUGCAGGACCUCUACAGGACCUCUGCAGGACCUAUACAGGACCUCUGCAGGACCUCUACAGGACCUCUAUCUGCAGGACCUCUGCAGGACCUCUACAGGACCUCUAUCUGCAGGACCUCUGCAGGACCUCUACAGGACCUCUGCAGGACCUCUGCAGGACCUCUACAGGACCUCUGCAGGACCUCUACAGGACCUCUGCAGGACCUCUGCAGGACCUCUACAGGACCUCUGCAGGACCUCUACAGGACCUCUGCAGGACCUCUGCAGGACCUAUACAGGACCUCUGCAGGACCUCUACAGGACCUCUAUCUGCAGGACCUCUGCAGGACCUCUGCAGGACCUCUACAGGACCUCUAUCUGCAGGACCUAUACAGGACCUCUGCAGGACCUCUACAGGACCUCUAUCUGCAGGACCUCUGCAGGACCUCUACAGGACCUCUAUCUGCAGGACCUCUGCAGGACCUCUGCAGGACCUCUGCAGGACCUCUACAGGACCUCUACAGGACCUCUAUCUGCAGGACCUCUGCAGGACCUCUACAGGACCUCUAUCUGCAGGACCUCUGCAGGACCUCUACAGGACCUCUGCAGGACCUCUGCAGGACCUCUACAGGACCUCUGCAGGACCUCUGCAGGACCUCUACAGGACCUCUGCAGGACCUCUGCAGGACCUAUACAGGACCUCUACAGGACCUCUACAGGACCUCUAUCUGCAGGACCUCUGGAGGACCUCUACAGGACCUCUGCAGGACCUCUGCAGGACCUCUACAGGACCUCUAUCUGCAGGACCUCUGCAGGACCUCUACAGGACCUCUAUCUGCAGGACCUCUGCAGGACCUCUACAGGACCUCUGCAGGACCUCUGCAGGACCUCUACAGGACCUCUACAGGACCUCUGCAGGACCUCUGCAGGACCUCUACAGGACCUCUGCAGGACCUAUACAGGACCUCUGCAGGACCUCUACAGGACCUCUAUCUGCAGGACCUCUGCAGGACCUCUACAGGACCUCUAUCUGCAGGACCUCUGCAGGACCUCUGCAGGACCUCUGCAGGACCUCUACAGGACCUCUACAGGACCUCUAUCUGCAGGACCUCUGCAGGACCUCUACAGGACCUCUAUCUGCAGGACCUCUGCAGGACCUCUACAGGACCUCUGCAGGACCUCUGCAGGACCUCUACAGGACCUCUGCAGGACCUCUGCAGGACCUCUACAGGACCUCUGCAGGACCUCUGCAGGACCUAUACAGGACCUCUACAGGACCUCUACAGGACCUCUAUCUGCAGGACCUCUGGAGGACCUCUACAGGACCUCUGCAGGACCUCUGCAGGACCUCUACAGGACCUCUAUCUGCAGGACCUCUGCAGGACCUCUACAGGACCUCUAUCUGCAGGACCUCUGCAGGACCUCUACAGGACCUCUGCAGGACCUCUGCAGGACCUCUACAGGACCUCUACAGGACCUCUGCAGGACCUCUGCAGGACCUCUACAGGACCUCUGCAGGACCUAUACAGGACCUCUGCAGGACCUCUACAGGACCUCUAUCUGCAGGACCUCUGCAGGACCUCUACAGGACCUCUAUCUGCAGGACCUCUGCAGGACCUCUACAGGACCUCUGCAGGACCUCUGCAGGACCUCUACAGGACCUCUGCAGGACCUCUACAGGACCUCUGCAGGACCUCUGCAGGACCUAUACAGGACCUCUGCAGGACCUCUACAGGACCUCUAUCUGCAGGACCUCUGCAGGACCUCUACAUGA